AUGAUUGGGGCCGACUUCCUCCGCCGUGGCAUCGCCCCUCUACAGAACAAGGGGAGGCCAGCUUGGGAGUACCGGAACGCAGCAGACAUCAUCAGGCUGCGCUCCGGCCUGAAUAACAACUUGAUGGUCAUGCAGCAUGCGGCUCUUUGCCAAAAGUUGUUCCACCUCAAGGCUGACAAGACCGACAAGGCCGACAAGCCGCUCAGGUUGCCGGCGGGCGUGAUCCCCUUGUGCAACAACUCCGCCCAGACCACAAUCAUCGCCAUGAUGCCGGUGUUCAAGGCCCAUGGCCUAGAUCAGAACUGGGCUGAGCCAGACGCGGAGCGGGUGCAAGAGUUCUUCAACAACUUGUCGGAGAGGGCCUUUUGGGAAGAAACACAGCUCAUCCGCCCCACCACCGACAAAGAGGUGGCGUAUAUUGCCAGCAGGGUGGAAGAGGUGGCCCUUGCCGAGGAGGCCGGCAUCGUUGGCUUUGUGGAAGAUAAAGCCAGCGCAGAGGAGGAUUUUGCUGAGCGGGGGAAGCCUGCCGGAGAACACAGCGGCGCCGCUACCGGGGGCCCUUUUGCCGAGGGGACAGCCGAAGAGACGGCUGAAGAGGCAGCUGAAGAGCAGUCGCAUGAGGAGCCCCCAGUCCGGGGGAAGAAGAAACAUGUCCUCCGGCGGGUUGGCCCUGUCGAGCCAGUCCGGCAAGCGUCCUCUCACGAAGAGGUCCCCGUCAAGGGGGCGGCUGGCAAGGCCGCGCAGCGGCAAGAGGUCCAGCCGCAACCUGUGCGCCAGAUGAGGCGCACGACAGCGGCAGCAAAGGAAGCAGCAGCAGCAGCCGCCGCCUCCGCCAUGGCCAAGCGGCCCAGGUCUCCGUCUCCACCCCUUUGCACGGACACCGCCAACUUCGACCUCUCCUCUUUUAGCCCGAGGAGGGAGAAGAGGCCAGAAGAAGAAGACGAAGACAUGGAAACGUUGGCACAGAGGAUGGCGAAGAAGGCCAAGACCUCGACGGGUGAUGAGCCCCUGGCAAGCACCUCGAGUGCACCGGAGACGAUCAUAAUCAACCCAGAGUCCAGCGCCACGACGCUGCCCCCGACUCAGCCCCUAGCGAGGAGAACGGCAAUAGGAGGAGCCACGGAGGGCCACCCCCGACAUGCCUCCUCCGUCAACCACACUGCCCAGGGGGGAUCCCUGUCAAGGGCUUCCACCGACGAGCCCACGCGCGUGGAGGAGGAGCCGGUGAGCACAGGCGCCGGCGGCUCCAUAACCGCAAUGAAUGUUGCCGGGGAGGGGGUCACCUCCCAGGCGCUCGCCACAGAUCUCCCCUUGGCGGAUCAGAUGGAUGUUAAUGCCACCAUCAAGGAGACCGCCAAGGAUGCUGCCGCCGAAGCCGCUGCCAACGAGGCCGCCAAGGACGCGCAUGAAGAGGCUACCAAGGGGUCUGACGGAGAGGCCGGCAAGGACACCGACGACCGAACUGACGGCAUUCCUGCCGCAAGAGCGCCUGGCGCUGCAACGGUCCCGGAGCCCCCAGUUGCUGGGGAGACGGUGGUCGAGGACCAACCGUCGACAUCCGAAGCCCCCCCUCAAGCAGAUACCUGA